AUGCUUAGCACUAGAACAUUUGAUACUUCAGUAGUUGUAGAGAUCAAAUAUAUUUACCAGGUUUCUCUCUUCUAUCAUCUUACAGGUCUUGUAGAAAUUUGCCUGAUGCAUCCCCUCGAUGUGGUGAAAACCAGGUUCCAAAUUCAAAGAGGAAAAUCUGAUCCCUCUGGGUACAAGAGCCUUGGAGACAGUUUUAAAACCAUAUUCCGGACAGAAGGCUUGUUUGGUUUCUACAAAGGUAUCCUCCCUCCAAUCUUGGCUGAAACACCCAAAAGAGCAGUAAAGUUCUUCACCUUUGAACAGUACAAGAAAAUACUUGGAAAUGUUUCUCUAUCACCAGCUUUGACAUUUGCAGUUGCGGGCUUGGGAUCCGGGCUAACAGAAGCAGUUGUGGUUAACCCUUUUGAAGUAGUCAAGGUUAGCCUCCAGGCAAAUCGGGAUGCUUUCAAAGAGCAACCAUCCACCUUUGCUAAAGCUCAGCAAAUUAUUCAGGCCAAUGGGUGGGGUUUGAGUGGACUCAACAAAGGGCUGACUGCUACUUUGGGACGUCAUGGAGUUUUUAAUAUGGUCUAUUUUGGAUUCUACUUCAACGUGAAAAACAUCAUUCCUGCCAAUAAGGAUCCAACAUUGGAGUUUCUGAGAAAGUUUGGAAUUGGGCUAGCCUCAGGAACCAUAGCCUCAAUUAUUAACAUCCCUUUUGAUGUUGCAAAGAGUAGGAUUCAAGGACCACAGCCCAUGCCCGGAGAAAUCAAGUACAGGACCUGUUUUGAAACGAUGAAAACCGUUUAUAAAGAAGAAGGAUUUCUAGCUUUGUACAAAGGAUUGGUUCCCAAGAUCAUGAGGCUAGGACCAGGUGGUGCGGUGAUGCUGCUGGUUUAUGAAUAUGUUUACGGGUGGCUUCAAGAAAACUGGUGACCAGAAGUAAUAAUUUCAGACUGAAAAUAAUGUAAAACAAUUCCUAUCAAAUAAAAAAUAUGUGCAUCAGUAUUU